AUGAAAAUACAAAUACACGCUCUUCUUGUCCUGGCGGUCAUCUGUAGUGUUCUGCGCCCGUUUGCUGUCGCCAAGGGAAACGCAGUGCGGACAAAUUGUGCCAGUGAAAACUUGCAAUACCAAACUUGUUCAGUUGUUGACCAAGGUACAAUACUGUCUGUGUCACUGCACAGGCAGUUAUCCAAUAGUGAGUGUGUGGAGAGCAGCACAUUUGGCAUAGACUAUAACAUACACACAGGAAGUAUGUGGGUGUCUAACGGUUGCAGAGGAGAGUUCAAUGUUACAACUGUAAGUUGUGAUCUUGGCUGGAUGUACUUUAAUGGUCAGUGCUACAAGCGAGUGGAGACCUACUACACCUGGUCACAGGCAUCAGACCAUUGCAUGCAACUCGGUGCACACCUGGCAUCAAUCCACAGUAGAGCCGAACAGGACUUCCUGGUGGAGAAUGUGCUUAAUGGUGCCAGUGGCGGGUACUGGUCAGGUUUACACCUGUUCAUUGGUCACUGGUGGUGGGAGGACCAUCUUGACCCUGUGGACUUCAACACGGCCUUCUCCAACUGGUUAAACAACGAGGGCGAGAUUAGUGAGCUCAGUGGCGGGUGUAUGUUGCUGAAAGGAUCCAACUGGAAGUGGGAAGACAAGAGAUGCCAUAACAGCCAGAAGAGCCUAUGUCAGAUUUCUGUCUGUGGCAGUGGUCAGAUGCUGAACCCAUCAACAGGUGCCUGUGAGCUGGACCAUAACAUUCUCAGCAGUACUAGUUCAUACCCUGGCAUCAAUAACAUUCUCAGCAGUACUAGUUCAUACCCUGGCAUCAAUAACAUUCUCAGCAGUAAUAGUUCAUACCCUGGCAGUGCAUUUGAUCCAGGUGACCUAAAAGACCGGAUGCCCUACCAUAAUAUUUCCCUGGGUUUGACCCCUCCCCCUGAUGAGCACUUAUAUUUGAUCAACACAAGUCCAGUGAGGACAGGAGAGGAAGUGACAUUUCUGCUGUUUGCAGAGGCGGCAUCUGGCGGCAGCUACAUCUCAGACAUGGGCAGUGGCGGUCAAACUUGGGUGGACAUACCAGUGCCCACUGACAAUCAGUCACUCCACCAACUCAUUCCUACUUGGAUGCACUUACCUUUUGAUCCAGCAGAUGCUUUGAUAUCAGCGUUCACGCAUACUUUUUCUGAAGCUGGCACGUAUGAUGUUCAAGCGAAACGCAAUGCUUCUGGCGAGUACUCACAAUUAGUGGUGGAGACGCGGGUUGUAAUACAACACACACUCUGUCUGCCACCGCCAGUCAUCAUCCGAGGCGGAGGACUGGGUAUAAAUGCCACCAUGCCGUACCACAAGAAGGACAGGAUCUCACUGACAGGCAAUAUCAAUAUAACCUGCAGUGAUGUGAAGAGGUCCAGUUUCCAUUGGUCAGUUUAUACAGUGGGCCGUGCCAAGGACAUUAUUGACCAGUCUAAUAUGCUGCGGCUGCCAGAUUCCGUUGCUACAUCUAAGCCUCAUCUAGACCUCCCCAGGUAUACCUUACCUGCUGGAAUGUACGUGGCUGAGCUACAGGUCACAUUGCACACCAGCACAGACAUUGUGAUCAGCAUAAACCAGACAUGGUUCACAGUGGUGCCAUCUACAAUUCUGAAUGCUGUCAUCACAGGGGGAAGCAUGGUCACUGUAGGUUCAGAACAGGUGAUCAGGAUCAACGCCUCCCUGUCUGGUGACCCUGAUGUCAAAGGGGUAGACACACAGCUCAAGUUCCAGUGGUUUUGUACUUUAGAGAGCCAAGAUUUCCCUGAGAACCUCACUGCUGACACUGGGAGUUCUGGAGGCUGCACUGGCCAAGGCUACAGUAUUGGUGGGAAUUCAUCUGUGCUGGAACUGCCCCCAGGGAUACUGCCAGCUGGACAGAGCUAUGUGUUCAGGGCACUGGUCACCAAGGACGGUCACUCUCCAGCCUCUGCUGACCAGCAGGUCAAAGUCAUGGCGGGGGAGCCACCACAGGUGAGGAUUACCUGCAGACAGAAUUGCGACACCUACCUGAACCCCAGCCAGCGCCUGUCACUGACCACCAGCUGUGACCGCUGCCGUAACCUGGACACCCUGACCUACACCUGGUCACUGGUCCCCCAGUCACUGACCAACACUAGGCAGGCACUGGACUGGAGGCUGGACACACUGACCGGUGGGAACAAGAAGAACUUGGUGAUCAGAGAGAAUGUAUUCAGUGCUGAUGUGGAGGAGACUUAUAGUUUGAGACUGGAGGCCUACAGCAGGUCCAGCGGGUCAACAGGUCAAACAGAGUACCAGUUCUCCACCAACUCUCCCCCUACCGCUGGUCAGUGCACGGUCAGUCCAAGCCAGGGGACGGUCCUGGUCACCAAGUUCUCCAUCCAAUGUACAGGGUUCCUGGACAGCCACCUGCCACUGCACUAUGAGUACAGAGCCAAGGUGGACAACAGGGAGAGCUUGCUGUAUUCUGGGCUAGAGUCCACCAUGCCGGCCAGUUUUCUGCCCCUGGGGGACAAGAGGAGGGAGUACAGAUUGGAUCUGAUGGUCACUGUGAAGGAUUCGUUCGGGGCUAGCACCUUCGUGGAACUGUUUGCCAAGGUUGAAGAGGGUCAGAUGGACAACACGGCCCUGGCUGGCCUGACAUCCGGUGAGAACUCCACUCUGAGCACACUACUGCUGUCUGGGGACACUAGCGCCGCCACACAGCUCAUCUCUAGUGUCACGUCACUGCUGAACUCACAGAGUGAGAAACAGACCGACACAACUGGGGUGUCCAAGCUAGAGAGACAACAGCUGCGUACCAGUCUGGUGGAGUCUCUGCUGACAGUGGAAGUGGAAUCAGUGGAGUCUCUCCAGCAGACGUCAGCUGCCCUAGAGAGUAUCACGCAGGUCACAGAGGAGCUGAGCGCAGAGGCUCAGGUCAGUGCCGCCACCGCCUGCAAGGAACUGUCUGCCUUCCUGACCAGUGAGGCCGGUGCUGAGCUGGACACCAAGACGCUGGAGGACACGGCUGGGUAA